CCCCCGGCCCCGGGGCCGCGGCGUGAACCGCCUCUCCACCGCCCCAAACCCCCCCUGCCCCGGCGCGGGGGGAGGGCCCCCCCCCGCCAUGUCCUGCCCGUCCCCGCCGCCCCCGGAGUGCCCGGCCGAGGUACGCCGUCGUCGCCGUCGUCGCCGUCGUCGCCGCGCCGCUACACGCUGUCCGAGCACCCGGCGGCCGCGCUGGCCGCCAUGAACCAGCUGCGCCUCGAGGGCCAGCUGUGCGACGUGACCCUGCGCGUGCGGCACCGCCGCGACGUGCCCGCCACCGAGCUGCGGGCGCACCGCGUGGUGCUGGCGGCCGCCAGCCCCGUCUUCCGCGCCAUGUUCACGGCCGGGCUGCGCGAGCGCGGCCUGGCCGAGGUGCCCAUCGAGGGCGUGCAGCCGCGGGCCAUGGAGCGCCUGGUGGAGUUCGCCUACACGGCGGCCGUGGCCGUGGGCGAGCGCUGCGUGCUGCCGCUGCUGCACGGCGCCCUCAUGUACCAGGUGGACGCCGUGGUGCGCGCCUGCUGCGCCUUCCUCGGGGGGCAGCUGCACCCCAGCAACGCCAUCGGCAUCGCCGCGCUGGCCGAGCGCCUGGGCUGCCUGGAGCUGCAGCAGAAGGCCCGCGAGUACAUCUACAUGAACUUCGCCGAGCAAUGGGGGGACACCACGGAGGGACCCCAGUGA